ACAUGUAUUACAAACAGUGCAUUGAACUCCCCCGAGCAAUAGCCACUAUUGAUGGAAAGCCUAUUAAAGGUGCGAAGGCAAACAUAACCAAGGUAUAUGAGAAGCGAUACAAGCACGUAACACCCCCAAUUUUUACAACAGCACUAAAAGAUGGGUGGUCACCAGACGCUGUGAUUACUGAAGGCAUGUUCCUGAUAAACAUCACCCCUUGGAGUUCUCACAGGACAAUGGGAGACUAUGCUGACUUUUUACUAAAACAGCACAUCCUCCCUCAUUUUAGAAAUGAGUCAACAUUAGAAGUUCACUUACUUUUUGAUAAUCCUAACUGCCAACAGUACAGUCCAAAGUACUUUGAACGACUUCAUAGAGAUGAGAUGAACCAGAUACCAGACGAUCACAGCUGCAGUGACUUCACAGCAGACACGAUAAUACCUCUCAAGUGGAGACAGAAUGUGUUGAACUGUAGAAAAUGCAAGCGACAAUUAGUACGAUUUAUUUCGGAAUACAUUCUUCAGAAAAUUAGGUACAGACUUAAGCCCACCCAAAGGUUUGUAACAGCUGGAGGUUUACAAGGAAGUAUGGCAGAGAAGGCAAUGUUUGUUACACAUCAAACAGAACCCACAGUCGAUGAAAGGCUAACCAGUAAUGCUGAGGAGAGUGAUACUCGAAUAUGGCUACACGUUCUUCACUCUGCAGGUACAAGAAAGUUUGUGCUAAGCCCUGAUACAGAUGUGUACCACAUUGGGAUGACAAUAAUUGCAGAAACUCAGCUAGAUAUAGUCGUACGGUUAAGCCCAUUUAAUUCUAUUGAACAACGGUUACUUGACUUACCAGCUCUUCUGAGGAGCUUCAAGAACGAUCCAGAUUUGUCUGCAGUGGAAGAAAGAAAAAUAGCACCAAUCAUCCAAACAUUAUUUAUUGCCACUGGUUGCGACUACAUCUCUUUUUUCACUGGUCUAGGAAAAACCACCUUCUUAAAUACAUUGUUUGAAUACACGGAGUUUAUAACAUCAAACUCAACAAGUACUCCUGGUACACUCACAGACGAACCAAAUGGGUUUUUGUCUUUCUUGAGGCUAGUGGGGUGUGCCUAUUUUAAGAAGCAUAAGUCAGCCUUCUUACCUUCUUUUCCAACUCCAAUGACUUUGUUCAACUCAGUCCAGUCAACUAGCGAUCACCAACAGCGACAUGAACAAUGGCUUGACCUCAUUCGAGACAGAAUAUGGAUAAGAAUUCAGUACGAAGAGGACAUGACACCCUCACAUGAAGCACUGUUUCGACAUUGGAAGAGGAGUAGCUGGGUUUCAUCCGUCUGGAACCAAGCAACAUCAAACCACAUUGUCCAUCCACCACUUGAAGACUUCGGCUGGAAAAAGCCUGAUCCAACAACUCUCCUGAUAGAUUGGGAUAGUGAAAGUAAUUUGUCUCGAAUCAGAGAACAAGUGGCGCUCAUUCGAAAAGGCUGUGGCUGUAAAACAGGAUGCUCCUCAGCACGCUGUAAAUGCAAGAAACAGAAAGGUUACUGUGGUCCUGGCUGCAAAUGUACUGGAUGCACUAACCUCCCUGUUGAAGCUCUUGCAACAGAGCAGGAAGACAGUGAUAGUGAAGUAAGAACUAAUAACGAACGUGAUGAAGAUUUGGAUCUUGAAGUGAGCAGCAGCGAUGGUAGUCACUUGGAUGUUGAAGUCAACAAACUCAUGUACGACAUCUUUGGGGACUCUGAAAGUGAUGAUUCACACAGCAUGGGAGUCGGUUUCUGAUUAUAAACAUAAACUGUGUAUCAGUAUUGAUUUUAUUCACUUAUACUAUAUUUAUUUCACUUACUACACAUUGUAUACAUGCUGAAAAACCACAUACUAUUUUAAACCUGCAUAAAAUCUAAACCAACAAUGGGAACAACUAGCUAAUAAUUUAACAACAUAGAAUAGACCUACCUGUACAACAUCAACCACCUGAAAACUUGUGAUCUAGUGGGGAACUGAUUUUGCAGAAGCAGGAGUAAAGACACCUAAACACACUUGUUCUACACACUGGCUUGUAACUUCGUUCCAGUGUGAUUACACUCCACAAACCUGAUAUCAACUUGUAGCUGGGAUGAUACCCUUCCAGUUUGUGGUGUUGUUUUUUACCAUAUGACCUACGCAUGCUUCUAAACUAGCCUCAAACUCAAGCCCUCUUUUUUGUUUACUCUCCAGCAUGACGUAUUUGGAAAUGCAUAUUAAAUUAACCGUUAGGCAUUUACAUGGAC